CUGGAGAAUUCCAUGGAGAGAGAAGCCUGGCGGGCUACAGUUCAUGGGGUCGCAAAGAGUUGGACACGACUGAGUGACUAACACACACACACACACACAAUUUGUGAUGUCAGAAAUUCAAUCAAACGGCCUUGCAAUGGUCAGGGUGGAACUUGAAGACAGAGGAGAGUAGCUAGAAAAACAGCUUUGCCUUCACCUUACCCCAUCAUACUUGCCCCAAUAGACCCCUAUCAUUUGCUUGAAAUUCCAUUUCUAAAUAUUCCCAUUGUAAAAGCUUUAUGAUCCCUAGAAGGUACUGUGUAGAGGUAAACUCAUCAGACACUAUUGACACUGGCCAGAUAUUAGAUUCGCAGGUUGACUAGUUUAGUUUUUGGAUGGCUGAGUCCUCCGCGACCAAAUUUAACUCCAGCCAGGGAGGGAACAUCAGAGAAAGCCUAAGGAAGUGAGCCUGGAAGGUUGGGUUGCCUGGGGAGACAGAGCAAAUGCCCAUCACCAGGUCAUAGAGGUGCAGCUUAUGGCAGAUGGAGCCAGGCUAAGUAGCCCCUGUGGCGGGAGUGCAGAGGGUUGGGAGCGAGAAGGGGAUGAAGUUUGAGGAAUCUGAGUGGGAGAAGAAGCUGAAGAGGCGGGGUCAAAUGCUAGGCAUAGGAGUUAGGGCUUUAUUCAGUGGGCAGUGGGGAGCCAUCGAGGGUUUCUGAGCAGGGAAGGACCUGAGGAAGUCUCAGCCCUUUCUCAAGGCUACCCUACACCAAAGAUUUAAAGGGGAGUGUAAGGAGGCGGUGAAGCCCUAAGGCUCCUCUUGGAAGGACCAAGUAACCCCUCCCCAAGCUACUCUCACACUGGCAGCUUUGUUUGCAGGAGGCUGCAUUUAGCCUUGGAAGGAACUCGAACUUUUGGAUUCCAGGCAGUUCUAGUCCUAGCCAGUCCAAGCUCCCUGGAACUGGCGGGGCGGCCUGGUGCGUGCCUGCGAGCACGCUAGCACGCUGCUCUGACCGCUGUGCGGGGGCGGUCUUAGCAACUCCGGAGUUAGGAGUGAGUAAGGCCGCCCGGGGAAAGACUUUUUUUUUUUUUUUUUUUUUUUUUGCCUUUAAAGGCAAGCGUCCUUGGCGGCCAGGAGAAAAGGCUUUGCUGAGUCAGCUGCCGCUGACGCAAGUGGGGCUGACAGGGGCUGAGACGGGAGAGCCCCCAAUCCGCGGGAUGUCCUGCAACCCCGAUCCUCCCAGGCUGCAGACAGGCAUGUCUUGUUCCACGUGGCAGAAUAUGACCACCACACAAUGCCAGAAUUUACCUGGGACCAUUUCAAGAUCUUUCUGUGUUGUUGGGUGUUGUCAUCAUAGACAUGUCUGAACCGGCUAAGUCUGCUCCUGCCCCUAAAAAGGGCUCUAAAAAAGCUGUGACCAAGGCCCAGAAGAAGGACGGCAAGAAGCACAAGCACAGCCGCAGGGGGAGCUACUCCGUGUAUGUGUACAAGGUGCUGAAGCAAGUCCAUCCGUACACCGGCAUCUCAUCCAUGGCCAUGGGAAUCGUGAACUCCUUCCUCAACGACAUUUUCCAGCGCAUCGCUGGCGAGGCAUCGCUCCUGGCGCAUUACAACAAGCGCUCGACUGUCACAUCCAGGGAGAUCCAGACCGCCGUGCGCUUGCUGCUACCUGGGGAGCUGGCCAAGCAUGCCGUGUCCGAGGGCACUAAGGCUGUCACCAAGUAUACCAGCUCCAAGUAAAUAUAAUAUGC